ACAUUCAUAAAUAGUUAGUUGACAUGCAGAACAAAACAACAAAUACAUCUGCAAUCUUGCCAUUCUUCAGGAGAAAACAAAUCUUGAACAUCCAAUGACCUAUACGGCUAUAUCUAAAAGCGACGAACCAACAACACCAAGAAGUAUAGGUAAAUCAUUAAGGCGAACCUAAAUCAGGUUUAUUGUAAAAGAACUGAUCAAUCUUAAACCUGGGAAAAAGAAGAAAUUGUGCCAGAACAACUACGCAGAAAUUUGGUUUCUAGAAGCCUCUUCCAUUAAAUAGGACAUUCUUAGUUCUGUAGUCUAUUGAAUAGGCCAAUGAAGAUUUGCGUCAAACACAUAAAGGCUUAAGUUCCAAAAUUUUCACUAGGUGGGAGAGUUCAUUAUCUGCUCAUAAUCAUGAGCAGAAAAUUAAGAAGAGGGAGGAGGGAAUAGCAUAAGCAAAGCAUGACUCAAGUGGUGGAUCACAUCAAUUGCAAAGUUCAGUCAUUCUAUUCUAUACCUGCUGGCAAUUUUAAUUGCACCUGCAACUGCUAUUAAUCUAUGGUUUCUGAAAUUAAAGGAAACAAACGCCUCUACGAAGGAGAAAGUGGCUUCCACUGUUUACCCCACAAAUUGUCCCUCUUCUUCCUUUCCAUCUGUUUUCCCGUUGAACGUUCAUUAACUGUCCACCCAUCAUUCUUUAAUAUUUCAUUCGUCUCUCUUUUCGUAUAUAGACUUUAUAUUCUUGUUUACGGUUGCCUCAAUUGAAGAUAAAAACCAAUGGCACCUACUUAAAUGAUGACUAUCAUUUUUUGAAGAAUAAGCCAUUAAGUUCCGUGCUUUCUAUGCCUUUCCAUUACCAUUUUCCCAUGUUGCCACAAAUACCAGCGGACCUCUGUUAACUAGACAACAUAAAUAGAAUAAAAGAAUCUCACUUUUGUAGUUUCACAGAGAAGGAGACGUCUCUUAUUGGUGGUACAUGGCCACCACAACAAGAUAAGGACACCUUUUGCAAGAGGAGGAGACGUAAGAGAUCACAGGUUGGGAGUUACUUCUUGGGUAGUUAAUCUUCUACCAAUCUCAUGCUCAAAGUUUUCUGGCUCCAACUUUUCGAUAUUGAACAUCUUAUUUACAGCACCAAAACACGACAUACGGCUGGACUUCUAGUGGCCUAUCGUUCUAGUUAUCUCUAUUUUACAUUGUCGCCAUACAGAUAUAGCCUAGUUCUCUAUCCUUAGGUACCACCUAAAUCUGCUCUCCCUUAGAUAUCAAGAAGAGUUUACAAACAAAAAGAAAAUUCACAGCAAGUCAACGCUCCCACUGUACCAAUAACUUAUCCCUGCCUUCCUGCUACCAAGGGGGGCAUAAAGCAUGUGAGAUGAGAUUUGAGAGGCAAAGCUAUGGUCUAAAACAACCUAAUUUCAUGGUUGAACAUCAGGGCAGUGGCUUCGUCAAUACUUAUUGGCAUUCACAAUGAUGGUUGCAAUACCAGACCAAACAUAAAAAGUGCUAGUGCACGAGCUUUUAUUGGAAUUAGGCAAAAAAGGGAAAAUGCUUUUUCAUAACACGCCAAACAAGCAGUCAAAGCUUAACCAUUCGAUGAUUUGAGGAAGCAUAUUAGAUGGCCUAGUCUUUCCUACAACCGCAAAUUUAUGGGUGUAAAAGUCGAUCAGCCCCAGAAAAGACCAGUGAGAUCAAAUCGACGAUGAGUAGUUUUGCUUUAUCCUUCUUGGUACAAAACUCCACAGACCACAUGGGGUUUUUUAAUGGAGUUUUUGGGGAGAAAAGAAGAGCAUCUUUCAUACUGUAGACAGGGUCAACUAACCAUCUCAUCGGUUCUAUGUUCACCCAUGAAACUAGUCAUUGCACACCCAAGACAAAAACUGAAAGGAUAAGAAAGACAUGGAUGCAUCAAAUGAUUUCAAAUGAAGGGUAUUUGCGAAUGUAAACUGACCUCAAGUUUCGAGUACAGCUGCCUUCUCCAUCUUUGUCCAAGUGUCAUGAGACCCACACUUGAUUCCAUUGCCCCAGCAUAUUCCUGAAACUAUAAAAAAAAAAAAAGGUAACCAAGUUAAUCGCAAAGACAAAUUUGCAUUGAAGGAAGUAUUCUAUGCGUUUAGAAAAGGUUUUGCUCAUUUUAUUAUUCAUUGCCGAAGGCACUGUCGUCCAAACCAGCAACAGAAUCUAGUAGGGAGUCCCUAAAAUUCUGAUGUUGCAAAAGAACAAGGUACAAGUUGGAAUGUAAUUUUAUUGGCUGCGUGUAAGGAAAGCAAUCGCAGUUUAGAAAGCACUAACCUUCAGCUUUGAUGAAAGUUGGAAACUUUUAUGACAGUUGGCUGUUGUCGACAAAUCAGAAAAGUGACAAAAUUGACCAUCCAGCCACCAAUCCACCACACAAUCCUAAGCAGCAGCAGAAGCAACAAAAACGCCGGACUAUCUCACGAUUCAUCCCAAUCGGCCAAUCCUCUCCAAGAAUGCAGGAGCAAGAAAUUCCACCAACCAGCAGCGAUGAAAUCCACUACUGGGGCGAUCUCCCAGAGCAAGAGUACUACAAACAGCAAGGAAUUCGAGCAGGGCAUUCAUUCUACACCUCACCCAGGGGCCUGAAGCUCUUCACCCGUUCAUGGCUGCCGAACACCUCCAAACCACCUCGCGCCCUGCUCUGUAUGGUCCAUGGAUACGGCAACGACUGCAGCUGGACCUUCCAAUCCACAGCCAUCUUCCUCGCCCAGAACGGCUUCGCCUGCUUCAGCCUCGACAUGGAAGGCCACGGGAGAUCCCAAGGCCUGAAAGCCUACGUCCCCAACAUCGACCUCGUCGUCCAUGACUGCCUCUCCUACUUCAACGCCAUCAAACGAGACCCGCAAUUCACCGGCCUCCCUUCAUUCCUCUACGGCGAAUCCAUGGGCGGAGCGAUGUGCCUCCUCAUCCACUUCCAAAGCCCUACCGCCUUCGACGGCGCGAUCCUCGUCGCCCCGAUGUGCCGAAUCGCGGACGAGAUCAAACCUCGCUGGCCGAUCCCCGAGGUCCUCACCAUCGUCGCCAAAUUCCUCCCGACGCUGGCCAUCGUCCCCACGGGAGACCUACUCCGUGAAUCCGUCAAAGUGAAAGAGAAGCUGAAGGUCGCGGAGAUGAAUCCGAUGAGGUACAGAGGCAAGCCGCGGCUCGGGACAGUGGUGGAGCUGAUUAGGACUACGGACUGUCUGGGAAACAGAUUGCGAGACGUUAGGGUUCCGUUCCUCGUCCUCCACGGAAGCGCGGAUGUGGUCACCGAUCCGAAUGUUAGCCGAGCGUUGUACGAAGAGGCGGCGAGCGAGGACAAGACGAUCAAGAUCUACGACGGGAUGCUGCAUUCGCUGCUGUUCGGCGAGACGGAUGAGAAUAUUGCGAUGAUCCGGCGGGACAUUGUGAAUUGGCUCAGCAAUAGAUGCAGUACAAAGUGAAGACAAACGAUCGAGGCGGGAAAUUUGCUGGAAAUUGCUCCAUUCGGCGGUUCAAUUGUGCUUUGAUUGAGUGCUUUUGAAUCACAUUUAGGAUAAGCGGAUGCAGAUUGUUGAAUGGUCUUGGCCAACGACGCUUUUGAUCUGUGGAUUUGUUCCCUCUUCACUGUUUUCGUGUUCGUUCUUCUCAAUUCUCAUAUUCUGGCAAAAUGGAAAGAGCGAAGAGAUGAAAAAAGAAAGGUCCCACCGAGAUUUGAACUCGGGUUACUGGAUUCAGAGUCCAAUGUCCUGACCACUAGACCAUGGGACCUUAUUGUUCACCUGCUUCUUCUGUAAUGAUACAAUUGUUAAACAUUAGUUUGAUUUACAAAGUUCCAAUACAUGGUCAUGGGUAGC